AUGAGCCAAAUUACAUCGAGCAUUGGGCAUGCUGCGCGAGACGUUGCGAUGGUAAUUUUUGUCGUUUUGUAUCUAAAUUUAGACGUAAAAAAGGUGCUUGCAGCAGUUUUAUGCCUUUUUUGAGCUGCUAAAGCAAAUUUGAAGUCGCCGAACGCUCUCUUUUGUGAUUUUCAAGUGCAAUAUGUUGUACUAGACAAAUUCUACGAAAAUUUGAGGUUGGCGUUGUGAGACUGCCGUCAUCGGGUGUCUCUUGGAUUUAUUUGGGUCUAAAGUUAAUUUUGCAUUAUUUUCAGCACAUUCAACACGACUGGCAUGACGCAUGGGUUACGCAAUUUCACGGAAUGAUGAAGGAUCAGGUAAGAUUUAUAUUUGGAGUUCUUCUUGGUGCUUAGAGUGCAAAAUACGGUGUUUUGCCUGAUCGUCAUGCUUUUAUGGCAUUCUGGACCAGUAUUUGGCGUCAUUGCGAAAAUUUAGGGCGAAUCUUCUUAUUCAUGUAUCACUAUAUAAAUUUAUCGCUUUCAGUGCAUUGGCGAUUACUUCAAUCGAUUCCGUGGAUUUCUAAAGGACGAAGACGCUAAGCCCCAGCUUUUUCACACAGAAGUCACUGGAUACGGAGUAAGUUUUACCUUUCUUUUGGUUUUUUUGAUCUUAGUGUCUAGUGGAACAUAAUUUCUGAAUCUUUCGGUCUUGAUCCGUGCUAACUUGCUCAUGAUAGGGUACAUUUCUUCCGCCAAGUCCCGAACACGAGUCAUCUUCCUCCUGCACGCCCACUCCACAGUCCUCCUCUCAUGACUUUGAACAUUCAAAUGAAGCCGACUCUUGCAGCCUGACCCUGAUUACAGAGGGUUCCAAGAAUGCAAAGCUAGCGAACGACAGUUUUCAAUUCCAAACACCAAAGACUACAAAAACAUCCAAGAAUACGAACAGAAGCCAAAAGAGGCAAAAAUCGGUGAAGCAACCGGCAAUUAUUGAAGUUAAAGUGAGUUUUCUUAUUUUUUCUUUGUGUUUUUGGUGUUUAGAAAUAGUGUUGGAUUCUGUCGAAGGUCUUGAGUGCAAAUUCAUCCCAAAAUUUUUUGAGUUUUAUAGUUUUUUGGCCACGUCCCAUCAGAUAUCUAAAGCAAGGAAAAUUUUUUGAAAACCUGGUGUUUUUCCGCAUUCCUAUGCGUAGAAAAGAUCUGUACUAAUAUUUCUGGGUUUAGGGACCGAGAUACGCCUAUAGUGCUCAACGUUUGACCCUUCGUUCCCAUCAGAUUACCAAAAAUAAGGUGGUUUUGAGAAAUCUGACCAAAAAGUCAAGUGGUCCUCGCCUUUUCCAACCCAAGAAAUUCUUGAAAUUUAACUUCUCAUUCUAAUAGCUCUCUUUUAUAUACUAACAUCUUUUUUUAACGAUUUUUCAUGUGUAUAAAUAGUCUUUCUUUCACCUUACCAGUAGCCCUCAUAGUUUUAUAACUGGUACGAUUGGGGAAAAGGACGAUUGCGGAAACCGAAAAGUAUUAUUUUUCUUCGAUGCAAGUGUGAAAUUAGGAUAAUCGACGGUGGUGAUUUCGAAAAUGACAUUCAUUUUUUUUACUUUUUUCCUUAAGUAGUACUGUAAAGUAGUAAUUUUUUGAUUUUUUUUCAUGAAUACUCGAUUUGGGGGUUUUCGAUGAUGCUGAUUUUUAAAAAAAAUGAAUAACAUUUUCAAAACAGCACCAUCGAAAACCCCCAAAUCGAGUAUUUGUGAAGAAAAAUCAAAAAAUUACUACUUUACAGUACUACUUAAGGAAAAAAGUAAAAAUCAAAAAAAAAAAUUUAUGUCAUUUUCGAAAUCAGCACCCUCGAUUAUCCUAAUUUCACACUUGCAUCGAAGAAAAAUAAUACUUUUCGCUUUCGCCAAUCGUUCUUUUCCCCAAAGGGCCGAAUCCGAGUUUUUAUCGAAUAAAUAUAUUGUAACCUACGAGAAAUGUUGGAUAAUUGACGAGAAUGAUAACAGAGGGUCUAGCUUUGUGGCUCGAGUGAAAUUUUUGGGAAAAUUUUUCCGGGAUCAACUUUUUUUUGCAAUUUAUAUUAUCCAUGUUGCAGAAGAAGAAACCGGUUGAAGAGGUGUGCCGAAAGCCCUGGUAUCGUUGGGAAAAUGACGUCCGAAAACUCACCGCCAUGCUGAAUGUUCCCGCACCUCGAGAUGGCCCUCGAAGAUAUUACAAACUCUUCGAACGACACAAUAAUGAGGCCAUUCAGGUAAUCAUGGAUACUGUCAUUUAAAAAUUAAUGUUAUUUUGUUUUGUAUAUAUAAUAAAAUGAUCAUUGGACAUGCAGAGAGCGAUUGGUAUUGGAAUUCCUCGACAAUUUCAGCAUUUUUUUUUCUACCUAGUACAACAUCAGACCUCAACUACAACAUCGAAUAACGUCGAUUUUUUAGCGCUUUGACCAAAUGCGAUCCCCAUUCACUGUUUCGAACCUCCCAAUGGCGGCUCCUCCGCAAUACCAAGCGGGCCCGUUGUACAGCCCCAUCGUAGCGCCCUAUCCACCAGUCAACAUCCGCCUUCCAUAA